CACCUUUAAUUUAUUUCAAUAUUCACCUCAACAGUAAGAGGAGGUAUUAACGAAAUCAACCAACCACUGGUCUGGCAUUAUUAUUGUUUCAACGUCAAUCGAAUUGGCCGGCCGGCCAAGUCGCCUGACGACGACGUAUAGAUGAGGAAGUUUGUAUCAGCCAUUCGCUUCAGCCUCUUCGUCUUGGCAGCUUUGGCCACCAGCUCAUCAGUGGAAGCCAAAACGGUGUAUCAAGUGUGGGAUGUAAAGUUCGAGCUCCGGUCACCGGAUGGUUACCGGAAACCAACUUUGACCGUCAACGGCGAAUAUCCGGCACCCAUUAUCUACGCAACCCAAGGUGACACAAUCGUGGUCAACGUCAUAAACAAUCUAGAGACCGAAGAUCUCGCCAUCCAUUGGCAUGGCAUCAAACAGUCUCGGACGCCGUGGGCUGAUGGCACUGAGGGGGUGAGCCAAUGUCCCAUUUUACCGGGGCGAAAUCAUACCUACCAAUUUGUUGUGGAUCAACCGGGAACAUUCCUUUACCAUCCUCAUAGUGGGUUGCUGAGAUCGGAAGGAUUACAAUCAUUUAUCAUAGUGGCAGCCGCUGCUGGAAAAUCGGAACCAUUUGUGCAUGACUAUGAAGCAAGUAUUCUGCUGGAGGAUUGGUACCACCAGAGUCAUCUUGAACAAGCGGCUAGCCUUGCUGCCAAGCCCUUUCGGUGGGUUGGCGAGCCUCAGUCGCUUUUGAUAAAUGGAAUAGGAAAGUUCAAUUGUAGCGAUGCAAAUGCAACCAACGCAGGUUGUAAUGACACAGGACCAGAGUCCCUUUAUUCCCUGACCGUCGUUUACGGCAAGACUUACCGGAUUAGGAUCGGCAGCUUGACCUCCCUUUCUGCUUUAAGUUUCGAAAUUGAGGGUCAUGAUAUGACAGUGGUUGAGGCGGAUGGUCACUACGUGGAACCAUUUGUAGUGAAAAAUCUGUUCAUUUAUUCGGGCGAAACAUAUUCGGUAUUAGUCAACGCCAGCCAAGACCCUACAAGGAGCUACUGGAUGAGUUCCGCGGUAGUGGCUCGAAACCGCACCACCCCAAUUGGCUUGGCUAUCCUCACCUACCUCAAUACUAGUAAUAGUAAUAGUAAUUCUGCUACGGCAAAAAAGCCACCCAUGACUCCACCGGAGGUGGCCCGCUGGGACGACCUCGAGUCCCGGCUAAAGCAGAGUCGGGCUAUCGUGGCCCGAAAGGAUCACGUGAUCGAGGUGCCCAAGACACCAGACCGCGUCAUCCUCAUGCUCAACACCCAAAACAACAUCAACGGAACAAAGAAGUGGGCCAUGAAUGGCGUGUCCUUAAAGUUUCCGGACAAGCCGUAUCUGAUCGCGCUGAAAGACGGCCUACUAAAAGGCGGUGUUAACCAAACACAGCCUCCGGAUUCCUACGACGUGAGAAACUACGACAUCUAUUCCGAGCCGAAGAACCCGAACGCUACGGCUAGCAGCUCCUAUUACAAGCUGAAGCUCAACUCCACUGUGGACGUCAUCCUUCAGAAUGCCAACGUGCUGACCGGUAAAGUCAGCGAGACCCACCCGUGGCAUUUGCAUGGGCAUGACUUCUGGGUGUUGGGUUAUGGAGCAGGCAAGUAUAACCAGUCAACUGACCAGAGCAAGCUCAACCUUGUGAACCCCAUCAUGAAGUACACUGUCCCGCUCCAUGGCUACGGCUGGACCGCAUUGCGGUUCAAGGCCGAUAACCCGGGGGUGUGGCUGUUUCAUUGCCACCUGGAUGCGCAUUUCUUCAUGGGAAUGGGUGUGGUUUUUGAGGAAGGGAUUGAACAGGUGGGGGAAUUGCCUCAGUCCAUUAUGGGAUGUAUUCGCACCAAACACUAGCUAGCAGGCUAGUAGGAGCCCCGGCCGGCACUUACAUAUACGUAUACGGUUACAUAAUUUAGUUAUUGUCUUGGACUUUCUAAUCCCUUAUAUACACGUUGGUCAAUCAUUUUGACAUCUACCGAGUGGAGUAUAAUUUUGUGAAACUUUUAAAUUCUAUUCUUGGAGUAAUAUUAUGUUUGGUAUUUAACCAUCGAUAUUUUCAUAUCAUCUUUAAAUUUAUAUGUGAGAAUAAUGAAAAG